AUGGAACAUCAAAACAACGUGACCGAGUUUAUUCUCUUGGGACUAUCCAAUGACCCACAGCUCAAGAUUUUCCUCUUCCUGUUAUUUUUGGUAAUUUACUUAUUUACUCUAGUGGGGAAUAUGAUGAUCAUGGUGGCCAUAAGGACCAAUUCUCAACUUAACACACCUAUGUAUUUCUUCCUCUUCUAUCUAUCCUUCCUGGAUGUCUUCUAUUCUUCUGUCAUCCUGCCCAAGAUGCUGGAGAACUUCCUAUCAAGGCGGCAAACAAUUUCUUUCCACGGCUGCUUUGCACAGAUUUUUCUUAUUAUCCUGUCGGGGUGUACUGAAGGAUUCAUGCUUUCAGCGAUGGCCUCUGACCGGCUCGCUGCCAUAUGUGACCCACUGCACUACAUGAACAUUAUGAACUGGCGGGUCUGCAGUCAAUUGGUGGCCAGUGCAUGGACAAUGAGUUUUUUGUUGGGACUCGUCAACACUCUUUUUCUAUUAAAUGUACAUUUUUGUGGCCCGAAUGAAGUCAAUCAUUUCAGCUGCGAGCUCCCUUCACUGCUAGCGCUCUCCUGCACCGAGACCGUCACCAACGAGCUGGUUCUUCUCACGUCCGUGGUGAUAUUUGCCUUGAGCUCCUUUGUCCCCAUUUUGGUCUCCUACAUUUGUAUUAUCUCCACCAUCCUGAGGAUACGCUCCGCAGAAGGCAGGCGGAAAGCCUUCUCCACCUGCAGCUCCCACCUCACCGUGGUGGGUUUGUUGUACCUGACGGCUCUCGGCCAGUAUAUGAAACCCAGCGCGGCAUCCUCUGUGGUUCUAAAUAAACUCUUCUCUGUCCAGUACAGCAUCUUAACUCCCUUUUUAAACCCCAUCAUCUACAGCCUGAAAAAUAAAGACAUGAAAAUGGCUUUACGGAAAAUAUACUCAAGUCAUAGUAUUAAUGUUCACUAG